AUGGGGGUUGCAUUGUGGUAUUGCCCACCGAGUAAUUCUCCUUGUUACGAAACUUUAGACUCGUUGAUUCUUUCUCUGCAGACGCUGUUUCCAGACUCAGUUCGGUUUGAACCGCAUGUUACAAUAGCCACGAACUUGCGGUGUGAAAAAGCAGAUGAUGUUUCUGAAAUUCUGACAGCAGCGAAUGCGGCUAUGAGAUCUAUAAGAAUCCAACUUGAGAAACGCGAUAAGGCUAUGGUCAUGUUUAAAUCUGUGAGAAUUGGUAAGAAAUAUUUUGAAAAGGUUAGACUUGUUUGCUCCGAGGACAAGUACCUGUAUGGAAUUGCGCAGAUUAUCCGCGAAUUGUUUGUGAUGGAGACUCCCGACCAGGGCCUGUCUAGAGACUGGGUUUUGAAUUCUUUUGAGCCACAUGUGUCGUUGGUUUAUAGUGACAUGUAUCACGUUGAUCAAGCGUUGCUACGAGUCGUGCAACAAAGGAUUGAGGAUGCACUAGGCACCUCUCUGAUAAAAGAUGGACAGGCAGCUAUAGAUACUGGAAUUAGGAAUCAAUUCGUUUGGAUGUUGGAGCAGGAACUAGAAGGAUGGAACGUUCCCGGUACACUCAAGAUAGUCAGGUGUGAAGGCCCUCUACAUCAGUGGGAAGUACUGGGAAGUGUGGAUGUCUGA